CACCGCCGCCCUUAAUAUUUGUCGGCGCAGGGUUCUGUUUGGCGUCUAAUUUAAAGUAAUUUUUAAAAACGUGAAAUUAAGUUAAUUUAUUAUGAGUAAAUACGAUUUCGCUAGACGCAUUAAACGUAUUGUUCAUGCAGAAUGCGAUAUUACAAAAGUUGAAACAAAAAUAGCACAUAAAAGUGCAAAAUACUAUGAACAAAUGAGUUCUUUAAAAACUACUCUGGCCAAACAGGAGCUGGAAUUAAAAAAAUAUCAAAAAGAAGUGGCCAAAUUAAAACGUGAAAACGAUAAAUUAGAAAAGUUUAAACAAAAUGAAGAGGAACGCUUAUGUGACACAAUACAAAAGGUAGAAAAAAUGCAGGUCGAAUAUCAACAGACACUGCAACAGCAAAUAGAACAGAGACGAGCAGCACUAUUGCAAAUGGAUUGCAUACACAGCAUUAAGCAGGCCACUCAAACGUACAUCAAUUUAAAUGCCUUACCUCAACUCAUUCAAGGCGUGGCCAUAUGUGAAAAAGAAUCAUCAAGUGAUUGGAGGCCUUUUCGAAUUGAUCCUUCAAAGCAUACAUUAAAGGAAGUACAAGACUUAAUUUGGCAUGAUUCGGAUGUUGGUUUAGUUCACAGAGAAACUUGGGAAAAAUUAAUACUAGGUGAUAUUUUGUCUGAUACAAGUAAAAAUAUGGAAUCGGAAAAUGAUAAUGCAACAAUGGUUAUUUAAAUAUGUAUGUUUAUAAAAUUAUUAAUAUUUUUCCGUUGAUCUGCAAAACAUACAUACCUAUAUAUCUAUAAUAAGUUAUAAAAGAAAUAAUAAAUUAAGUUAUAUUACCCUUA